ACUUUGCGUACGGACCAAGUGAGCGGAAGUGGUGCGCCUUGCUUGCGGAGGUCAAGAAGAACUCCUGCACGUCAGGGACUUGCAGGAUAAACGCUGACCACUGUGUAUCAGAGACAACUGUGAAGAAGCUGUUUUACUUCAUACAGUCAUGGCGAAGAAAAAGAGACUUCGCCUCAUCGCAGAGAUGGCUCGAAAGAUCCGGGCAUAUCGAGAGAUGAAGUCCCAGCCGCGGGAGUCCCAGAAGUACGACCUGGACUAUGAGACGAUGAGGCGGCCUCUGACGGGGAAGAUGCUGCCUGUGAUGGCCUGGCAGGAUGUCCGCAAGGAAAGCCGCCUCUUCUCCCUGCUGGCGGGAAUGAGGCUGUUCGGAGUGGGUCGCCUCUUCACCCGCAAGUCGUGGCUUCAAGAUCACACAGAACCCAGCUACUGGCAGAUCACCAAGGUCAAGGUGGACUACACAGCUGAGAACAUGGAUCAUGGCAAAGCAUGGGGGAUCCUCACAUACAAAGGAAAAAAGGAGACUGAGGUCAAGGAGAUGGACAAGGUGAUGUACCACGACUGGCGCCUGGUUCCCAAACACUUAGAGCAGCAGAUGAAGGACUUUGAACCACUUCCUGAGCCGCCUGUGCGCUAUGUCCCCUACCCUCCGCUGCUCCGUGCCAUGAUCCUGGCCCAGCGCAGUAAAGCAGGAGCCUGUGUACGAGAGGAGCCAACUUUACCUUUGACGAGGAAUGUCCUGUUCAACAAAGACUAUUUCCGUCAGCAGGACCUAGAGAGGCAGAGACAAGAAGGGACAGCGGUGUGAUAACAACGUGCUGCUCAACCUGAAGGGUCACAAAUCUCGGACUUUUUGGACCAAAUCAGCGUUGAUAAACGUGUCUCAAUGUCCUGCUUAUUAUAUAUUUCGCUGUUCUUCUGAUGCAGGCCUCUCUGUGUGUAUGCAUCUGCAUAAUGUGCUGAAUAUUAAAUUUAAAAUGAAAAAUA